UAUUUGAUCCAUUCCAUGUUUUUUCUUACUUGAGUGUUUGCAUAAUGUAAAACACAAAAGUCUAGGUAUCUAACAAGAAAAAAUCUACAGAUGCUGGAAAAACAAACAACACAUACAAAAAGGUAGUGGAACUCGGCAGACCAGGCAGCAUCUAUGGAAAAGAGUACAGUUAACAAUUUGAGCCGAGACCCUUCAUCAUUGUCAAUCAAUGUGAUAAAGUUUUUGAAUGUUCACCACCAGAACAUAAUUAGAAGUAAAAUAAUUGAUCAAAUAUUACUAUAUCAAAGCAUCUGGUUUGCUGUUAUUUGCCAAACCCAUCAUCCAUAUUUGAAGAUAUUUCUAAAUGUAUGCAAUGGAACUUGCAGAGACUGAGAACUGAUAAUGUCACAUUAAAGAGAACUGGGACUUGUGUUAAACAGGAAAGCUUCAAUUAAUCAGAUUGGAAGAAUAUAAUAUUCAUAACAUAUGGACAGCAAAGGAUGUGUAAAUUAGAGCGGGUUACUUCAAUGUUCAAUCAGAUGUGAAUUAAAAAUAAGCAGAAAAUAAAUAUUGAAAAGGAGACACAUUACAAAGAAAUACAGAGAAAGUACUAAAUUUUUCUUUCUGAAAUAAAUUACAACAUCUAGGAUCUGGAGAAAUGCAUUCUGUUGUUAUUGCUAAUGUUCAUUAUUCAAGAAGCUUCAAGGCAGCAAUUAACAAAAUGACCCUGUCCCAUAAAGUGCACAGACCAAACUGACGAACUCUGAACAUCCCAUGGUAAUUUCAGUCCAUGCAAAUGCAACAAAUUUGCCCCAUCCAAUUCACUCUAAGGAUGAAGCAGAUGGCAAAAAUGCUGUUUGUGUGGAGCCAAUGUCAGAGCAUAGUAUUUCAGAUAACAUUUGUUUGCAUUUUCUAUAAUAAAUUAGAAAACAAUGGAAAUGAUCAACAGAUCAGACAGUAUCUGAGCAAAGAUAAGCAGAAUUAACAUCCCAGGUCACAGCCAUUUGUCAAAACUGGGAAAGACAGAAAAACAAAGGUUGUUUGAAAUUGCAGAGAAGGCAGGAGAGAUGGCAGGAGGAAAGGGAUUAUCUGUGAUGGUGAUAAUUGCUGUGAAGACAAAAUGUGAAAGUGUUGGAAAAAAGUGACACCCCUGAAAAGAGAAACUGAUUUUUCAGGGACUUGGAUUCUUCAUCAGAAUCGAGAGAGACACACACCCGCAAGCUGGUUUAAGUAACAGAGAAGGCAGAGGAGGGAAAUGGGUGGAAUGAGGGAGAUGCCUCUGAUAGGAUGAGAUUAUUUGGCUGGUAAGUGGUAGUUAAGCUUCUUUUUUCAAAUAAUGUGCUAUGCCAUUAAAUUGAGAUUGUUGUGUUAUUGUGGGCAGUUAAAGUGUGAAAUACCAACAAGAAUGUUAGUUAGUUGAAGUUGUAGACUUCUAUAUUGAGUCUGGAAUGCUACAAACUGGCUGCUGAAAGAUACAGUGUUGUUCCUCAGACUUGGGUCAAACCUUGUUAUAACAGUACAGGAGAUCGCAGUCAGAAGUAUCAAAGUGAUAGUGGAUGAAGUAUUAAAGUGGCAUGCAAUAAAAGAAUCAGAGUCAUACCUGUGGACUGAACGUUGUUACUCCACAAAGCAAUCACCCUAAUUGAAUUUAAUUUCUCUGAUGGAGACAAGAAAACAAUAUGAAGAGAAAAUGCAGUACACCAGACUGGAAGAAGCAAAUUUUGCAUUUUCUGUUCAUGCUUCGAAUUUUCAGCUUUUGAAUUUUCCUUUUUCAUUAUUUCAACAAGAUUUGCAAACCUGUAUAAUCUAUAGACCUUUACCUGAAUUUGCCAAAUCCUUUGCAGAUACUGUUACAAUUCUCAUAUAUUUGCUGGGCAUCUAGGUUUUAACAUUACUGAGAAUCUAAGAUCAUCUUAUUAUUUGGUACAUUCUGCAAAUAUGAAAUGCAUGCACAUUGACUUCCUGAAAUGUCUUAAGUAGUUUACAUGAAGCAUUUGAAUUAGAUUUAGUAACAAAGUUUCCUUGUGGUGCAGGCUUUGAGAAUUGGAAUGUGGGCAUUCAAAAUUUUACAUCUGAGAUCAGCAGAUGCUACAAGAUUUUGUAUCAGUUCAUAUUUGUUAAAAUACCUUUGGCUCCCAGAGAACAUAUGGGGUGGGGGGGGGGGAGGGAGGAAGUAAGAUUAAGGUAAAGGAAGUACAAGGUUGGGUUUAAUGGGAUUCAGAGAGCUGACACUAGCUAGGUGACCUUCUUCUAUUUCAUAGGAAAAUUUGCAAAAAUGUGAGAAUAGGGAUAUUUCUAGUAAGGUCAGAAUUAGUUUUCCAUUCCUAAUCGCCCUACAGUCCUGUCACUAAGCUAUAGCAACCUAUACUCAAAUGUAAUUCUACACUUUUUAAGUUGGAGUGUUAAUUUCAAGACUCUUGUGAACAUAGAUGAAUUUAUAUCUAUGCCUUCUGCAAAUGGUUACAUUUUCAAAUCAAAAGGGGAACUCCUUUUAUUUCAUAAACUUUAAACUUGCUGAAUUUUUAUUAUUUUACAUCCAAUUUCAGUCACAUUCCAAGGCAUGCUUAAUUUGUUAAAUUAUUAUUUUUUUAGUCAGUAAUUUCUCUACGUUGACACUCCUGGGUUCGUGCUCAGGCUUCUAUUUUACAUAUGUUGUUCAUAAUCAACAACCUUGAUCCACACAAAUCUAAAAUAUUUAAUUUUGCUGACUAUCCUCAUAUGGAAGGGAACAAACUAAAAUUGAGUAACUAAAUAUGUACGUACAAAAUUUCAGAACUUAAACUCCCAGUCUUUAGUUUUGUUGAUCUAAUAUCAUGUUUGUAGUUUAAUCCUAUUUAACUCAAAAAUAUCAUAAUAGUCAAUCAUAAAAAAGUAAAGUAAUAUAAAUGAAACAUGACAGGAGGAGUAUUACAUGAAGUAUCUAAAUUUGACUGACAUAGGGUUUGGUAGUGAUUUCCUACUAACUGGUUAGAGAUCUGUACUUCUGGAAUUUCAUCUCCAUGUCAGACUGGUACUUGCUUUUUACCCAAAUGGCAUCAGUGUCUGGCUAUGAACAGUUUGCUUUUCAAGACUUGUCAAAGCAGACUGUAAUUAUUCCUACUGCUGACACUAUUACAUUGGUUCAAGGAAAAGUAGUUAAGAUCUUGAAACAGAUGAUGGUAUGAGACUAUCUAAGGUACUACUGGAAAGUCAGCAUAUGUGUGAGAUUGAAAGAAAGACCUGCAUUUAUAUUCCACCCUUCUUACCCUUUACAGAGAGAUCGAAAACUUUGCCAAUACAGUACUGUUUAAUACCUUGUCACCAUAACAGUCAGCAGUCUGUAAUUGUAAAUAGAUCACUGCCCCAGAGCUGGGACAGGCCUGCUUGUGCCAUAUUAUUUGCUGAUUUUAACACCAUUAACUGAAAGGACGUUUACUAAAAUUUAAUUAUCUGUCCUUACAUCUUCAAACUUUAACUUGCGGUCCAAUUGUGCAGUUCUGUUUAUUCAUUGUGACACUCCCACUCUACAUCACUGAAACUAAACUCAACUUCAGCUUUUGCCUCCUGGAAUACCUGCAUUUAAACAAUAAACUGAAUGGGAGUAUUAUUUGCAAAAUUUAAAUUUAAGUUUUUGUUUAAUAUAUUAUACUUGGAACGUAGGCAACAGCAACGGCCUCUAUUGUCCAUCCCCAUUUCCCUGAAGGUAUUCAGAACCUGUAACACAUGAUUGGACUGACAUCAAAACAAACUCCAAAAGACAAUGAGGACAUACACCUUCCUAAAAGAACUUUAGAGAAAGUUAAUAGCCUUUUGCAGUUACAAGUAAAUUGUGAAGUGCCAUCAUAUUUCUGUGUAAGAUUCCCCUUUCGCUGUUAAAUCAAGAAUUGCACCGAGUUAGUGGUCGCCUCAGACUCUAGACAGAUACUUAUACAACUUUUUACAAGUUUUGAGAAUUGGUGAUAAGGCAUGCCCACUACUUUUUAAGGCCUCUAAUUUUGGAAAAGACUCAACUGAAAUCUCGACUGCCAGGGAUCACAUUCGUCCAGUUUAUAGUAAUUUUAAGAUACUGUCAUCCCAAUUGAGAAAUGAAAAGAGGUACAAUUUCCUGGAGCAAGUCCAAGAGUUGAAGUGUGUGUGUGUGUGUGUGUGUGUGUGUGUGGCCCUAGGUGGGGAGAACAAUCGUCGGUGGGCAUCGAGACCCUGCACCAGGACUGAGUUCUGAGCUCUUUCUCUCCACAGUUGCUGCCCGACUGGGUGAGCUGCUUGUUUGCUGCUCCCAAUACCAACAUUUGUCGUUUUUCUGGGAAGUGGCAUAAAGAAACUGGAUGCACAAGGGCACAACAGUCUGCAGGUGGUGGGACUUACAGCAACGAACUGCUGCCUGGGUCAGGCAGCAUCUGUGAAGGGAAAUGGACGGUCGAAAUUUUGGGUCGAGGUUCAUCAGAAAUGGAUCGGAACCCGUAAACAUAAGAUAUUCAGCAGAUGCCGGAAAUCCAGAGUAACGCACAAAAUGCUGGAUGAAGGUUCUCGACCCGAAACAUCGGCUCUUAAUUCCUUUCCAGAGAUGCCGCUUGAACUGCUGAGUUCCCCCAGCACUUUGUGUGGAUCAAUAGAAACCGGGCCUGCUUAAUUCAUCAGUGUCCUGUCCUGGACCAGAAAUAGUUCGCAAUUACAUGCCAAAAAAAAAAUCGAUGCUAUUUUCUCGCCGCUUAAGAAAUAAAACAAUUGGGAUGUGCAGACACAAUUGGUACCUUGAGAAAUAAAUACUGCCGUUGUAGUAUCAGAUUAUAGCAGCCGCGAGUCUGUCAUGACCAUCAAAAGCCACGACUGUUCCCUGGGGUGGUAAUUUUGGCUCCAGAAUUACGAGGUAGCCCGCGCUCCAAAAAAUACGGUAAGCGAAGGAUUCCACUUGCGCUUCCUCAGAGCCGCUCCAGUUGCUCAGAGAGGAGGCUGAAAAAUGGGUUGGUUGCUGAACAAGUUCAGCAAGACUGGAGCGCCGAUCACCUGCCGGGGGCACGAACCUCCACUUCACCGACUUCGUUGUGGAAUGCGGAUAGUAACGUGCAUUUAUAAGCCAGGUGCUUCACCGAUGCACUCCUGACAACGCAAGGCUCGACAUCUGGGGAGAGAGACGCCAAGGGAAAGGCUAUCUUGGAGUUUUGGCUUCACCUCUGUCUGGCACUAAGCGCGGGACUGCCGAGAGAGUUGGGAGCGGCGGCAGCGGAGGCUGCCGUUGCAGCAUGUCGGACGAGGCAGUGUCCGAAUGCCCCGUUUGUUAUGAGAAGAUGACCCGCCAGACCCAGUCGCCGCGGACCCUGACGUGCAAGCAUGUCUUCUGCCACGACUGCCUGGUCAAGACGAUCAUCAGCCAGGAGGGACAGCCCAAGAAGGUGGUGUGUCCCGUUUGCCGGCACGUCACCUUCCUGCACAGACGGAGCAUAGCAUGGAUCAUCAUGAGCAAGGAGGACAAGCAGACGCUGGAGAUCCCGAUGUCGCCCACCGCCCCGGUGUCGGAGAGCCCGCCGCCCGAAUCUCCUGGGACGAUACCUCCGCACCCGCCCUCGCUCCUGCGCCGUUUGUUCUGCUCCUGCCCAAGGACUUUAUCGCCGUCUCGGAACCCAGCACUGCACAGCAGCCGGAUUUUUGUGAUCAGCGGCCGGGGCAGGCCAAUGAGCGAGGAGGAGGAGGUGCGGGCUCCCGGCGAGCCGGUGGUCUUGGAGCGCCGGCGCUGCAGAUUGCGCUGGGUGCUGGUGCUGCUGUGCUUCAUCAUUAUCGGGGCCGUGAUCGCUGCCAUCCUGCCCUGGGUCACCUCCUUCAAGUGACCGCCGCCCGGCACCUCGGCAGCUGCGGUUAACAGGUACUACACUAGUGAACUUGCUUUCACAAGACGCAACGAAAAAAAAGAGGAUGCAUGUGGAGAUGUACUCACCUGUUCCAUCUUUGCUGUACUUUAUACACAACUAACUUUUUCAGCAACUCUUUGAGAAGCACGCGCCGAUUACAGGAAAUACAAAUUGCACUUGUACAGGACUUUUACAAAACAAUAUUUUUUCAACUGUAAAUAUUGAAAUUGUGGAUAUUUGCUUACUCUUCAAAAGGGUAAAACUAAUCUUAUUGACAACUUGUUCUAACUAUAAAUAUCUUGCAUAGCUGUUAUAAACGGGUGAGUUGUACCAAGUUGAUUUAAGAAUUCGUAUUUAACAUUGGUAAAUGAAUCAAAACCUCACUCCUAAAUUCUGAGCAUAUGUUAAACUUGAAUAUACAAGUACUUUUUUUUGCACAAAUAUAGAAUAUUCCACUGUCCACAAUAUGCGUAGUACACGCCGUUAUAGACUUUUGUAACAUUCUUAACUUUUAAGCUGUUGUACAGCGGUGUUAGCUCGGCAAAUUCGUGUACCUGUAUUAUCUCAGGAUUUCACUGGGCUAUGGGCGACGCUGCUACUGGGAUACUUUCAUAUGCAGUGCCACUCCGGACUGGAGUCCAAAGACAUGUUUGCAUGUUCUAAUCACUGCAAUGUUAAGGAGAUAAGCUGGGGUUUGUCAGGGUUUCCUGGUUUUCUACCUGGCUCCGCUAAACCUCUCCCAAUACUGCCUGUGCGAUGAAGACCUCCGUGUGGCGCAUUCGCUCUAUUUCAGAUUUAUUCACACUAUUCGAAAAUCUUCGACAUUUGAGAGAGGUGACAAAGAGGCGUAAUGCAAAUUUAAAUGCGUAUACAAUACAACUUGUUCCCGAGUCGCCCGAAUUAGUGAACUCCAUUCAAAUGAACGCGCUCCCAUAAUAUAUACAAAAGAGGUUUUUUUUGCAAAUGCUGGAAAUUUUGAGCACACAUACAUACAGUGCUGGGGAAACUCAGCAGGCCAGGCAGCGUCUAAGGAAAGGGAAAAAAAUAGUGGACGUUUCGGGCCGAAGUCCUUCAUCAGGACUGUUUACGACGCCCCCAGAAUAUUACUUAAUUCAAAAGUCCAUCGUAGGUCCCAACUUGUGGCAGAGGUGGUUCCGCCGACCCUAGCGCUCCCUUUCACUUGUAGUAAUUGCUCUUCCAAAACAUUUUUAUGUGCGUUUGAUGGCAUUCAUUGCAAUACUGUGGUUGCUAUAGCCAGUGUAUUUUGUAGACAAAAUUGUUUAUGAAUGUCAGAGAAAACAACACCCUGGAGACUGCCGGUAAAAAAAAAAGAAGCAAACGUGCCAAACAUUGCUGUACUAGUUGAAAAUUCCGAUGUCAAUUAAAAGGAAUAUUUUUCUUCCAUAAA